CGAUAAAGCGGUUUUAAUACAAUUGGAUAAUCAAAUCAAUCUCGUACUCCGUUUCUAGUGAAAGAGCUAUAUCAUUGGCUUGUUCGUGUUAAAGCCGCUUUAUCAGGCAACGUGCCCAUUUCAAUUCUUUCCUCUCUGUGGACACUAAGAGGAUUUUUUUUAGCAAGCCCGUUAUGAAUUCGGUCAGGCUUACGAUAGGGCAGUCGAGUGGUGAUGGAAUGGAGCUUAGUAUAUUCGUACGGACCGCUCCCAAAAAUUCAUGAGGUUUUUCCACCCGACCGGAAUCCAACCCAGGUCUUCCGGAGUGAGAGGUUGUAAGGAGGAAGUGAGUCUCAUCGUCAUUUCCGUGUAUCAAAUUCAAAAUGUCGGAGUUGGAAAUAUGCAAGUUGGCCUACGAGGGACAAACCGGUCGGCUAAAAAGUAAAAUAGAAGAAAACAACGACUUAAUUCGAGCUACGGAUUCGGCGGGAAGGAUUCCUCUUCAUUGGGCCUCUUCUGGAGGUAGAAAAGAUAUUGUGGAUUAUCUUUUGCAGCUGGGCUCUGAAGUAGACGCUAAAGACGAUUCAAAAUGGACUCCUUUGAUAAUAGCAUCGUCAGUUGGUAGAGAAGAUAUUGUUUUAGCAUUAAUUGAAAAAGGUGCUGAUGUUAAUGCUGUGAACCAAAUGGGACAAUGUGCUUUACAUUAUGCUGCCUCCAAAAAUAAAUUUGAGGUUGCAGAAUUAUUAUUAAGAUACAAUGCUAACAUUAAUAUAGGUGAUCACAUGGGUAGUACACCAUUACAUAGAGCAGCUUCUAAAGGAAAUUCUAAAAUAGUAAGAUUAUUUCUUUCACAGAAAAAGUUAGAUCUUCAACCUCAAGACUGUGCAGGAAACACACCAUUACAUUUGGGUUGUGAAGAUAAUCAAGUUGAAAGUGUAUUGCUAUUAAUUGAAGCUGGAGCAUCAUUAGACAUUAUUAAUAAGGAAAAGAAAACACCACUUCAGUUGGCACCAAUUGCACUGAGAAAUCUAAUUCAACAAAAACAAGAAACAGCAAAUAAAUUACACCAUUAGUUUAAUUUCUUUUUAUUAUGGACAAUUUGUUUAAUGAAAAGUAAUAUUGUUACAUGUGAAUGCAAAUUAAACUUUUGAGUAGUUCUUGUUAUAAAUUGUUAUUGGUAUAUUCUUACAAUUUACAUAAACUACAGUGUUCCUAAACCAAAUCUUUUGA